GUCUCAAUAUAAACCUCUCUAGUUUCGGUAUCUCUCACCGAAUGCUUUACUCAUCCUAACUAGAGAAAGUCAUGGACAGCCUUACACUCACCGGAUUGCUGAACCAUGUCGCUGGAGAAUUUCCCAGCCGGCGAGCGAUAUCUGUUUCGAGAAAAUUCGAUGUAACUCAUUCUCGCCUUCGUGAACUCGUCGACUCCGCCGCUUCUCGGCUUCUCGCGUCUGGAAUCGGCGCCGGUGAUGUUGUCGCACUCACCUUCCCCAACACCGUCGAGUUUGUGAUAAUGUUUUUGGCGGUAAUCCGGGCUCGAGCAACGGCGGCGCCGCUGAACCCAGCCUACACCGUCGACGAGUUUGAGUUUUACCUAUCCGAUUCAGAGUCGAAGCUUUUAUUAACUUCUAACGGCGGCAACACCUCCGCUCAAGCGGCAGCUUCCAAGCUCAACAUCCUGCACGCCACCGCAGCGCUUCCCGGUGCCGAUUCUGAGCUCGCGCUCUCUCUAACUCAUUCCGCUUCGGGAACAAAUUUGGUCGGCGAAAUUACAAACGACCCAUCGGACGUUGCACUCUUCCUCCAUACUUCGGGGACGACGAGUCGGCCCAAAGGCGUGCCACUGACUCAGUUGAAUUUAGUCUCUUCGGUUAAGAAUAUCAAAUCGGCUUACAAACUCACUGAGUCCGACUCAACCGUGUUGGUCCUCCCUCUGUUUCACGUUCACGGCUUGAUGGCGGGCUUGCUGAGUCCACUCGGUGUGGGAGCUGCCGUGGCUCUCCCAGCAGCCGGAAGAUUCUCGGCUUCAACAUUUUGGAAGGACAUGAACCAAUACAACGCCACGUGGUAUACUGCUGUCCCUACGAUACACCAGAUCAUACUGGAUCGCCACUCGGGUAACCCAGAACCCGUUUACCCGAAGCUCCGAUUCAUCAGGAGCUGUAGUGCGUCUCUAGCUCCGGCUAUAUCAGCUCGGCUGGAGGAAGCGUUUGGCGCACCAGUGUUGGAGGCUUAUGCAAUGACGGAGGCAACCCAUUUGAUCACUUCAAACCCGUUACCCGUAGACGGCUCACGUAAACCCGGAUCGGUUGGGAGACCCGUGGGUCAAGAGAUGGUAAUUUUGGUUGGAAAUGGUAUACAACAAGAGGGUAGUGCUAGUGGCGAAGUGUGUAUUAGAGGACCUAAUGUGACUAUGGGCUAUAAAAAUAACCCGGAGGCAAAUAAAUCCGCCUUUCAAUUCGGGUGGUUCCAUACCGGGGAUAUCGGGUAUUUUGAUUCAGAUGGGUAUUUGUACCUUGUAGGUCGGAUCAAGGAGCUUAUCAACCGUGGAGGUGAGAAAAUAUCACCAAUCGAAGUGGAUGCAAUCCUUUUAUCUCAUCCAGACAUCUCAGAAGCAGUCUCUUUCGGAGUCACUGACGACAAAUAUGGUGAAGAGAUAAACUGUGCUAUAAUUCCAAGGGAAGGGUCGGUCAUUGAUGAAGCAGAGGUGCUGAGGUUUUGUAGGAAAAACCUUACAGCAUUCAAAGUCCCUAAGAAAGUAUUCAUCACCGAUUCUUUCCCAAAGACGGCCAGUGGGAAAAUCCAGCGGCGGAUCGUGGCCGAGCAUUUUCUUGCCCAGAUCUCCGCCGCUAAAGUCCCCAAGUUUGGAGCCUAGACAAAAUGGUAUGUUAAAUAUUCAUCAUAUUUUGUUGUAUGUACAUGGAUGAUUGGGUAAAACUCUAUUCUUUGUGUUAUCUUAUUAUUCCCGAUGUAGUAAAAUGGGUUUUACAUA